AAAUUACCUUCACCUUUGACCUCACGAGACGACGGAUGGACGCAAGGCUGCCGGAAUAACGGUUUAAAUUAUUGAAGAGAAAAACCAUCAUAGGAAGCAGGUUGUGGCGUCCCUCCCUCUCCCUGCACCCAGACAGAAGCUAGCGUAUGAUUCGACACCCUUGUCAUACACAGGCCCAAACAGAGAAGAGAGAUGGACGAAACUGGAGACAAACCCUCGGAGAGUGAGGAGAGCAGUUUUAGGACAACUCCCGAGUCUUGCUCUACUACGACCAGCCAAACAGGAGAAAAACUUGGGGAAAACACUUCAUUUCACCAUCUUGCUAAGAACACUGGCGUUCACCUCUGACCUCACGAGACGAAGGAACGACAAAGCUGUCCGACCGGUUUACGUGAAGAGAAAAAUCGUCAUAGGAAGCAGCUGGACAUGGCAACGGCAGGACAAGGGUCUCCCACUGGAGUUGGUCAGCACUGCUGUGAUGGGUCUCCCACCGGGGUUUCCCAUAUUGAAUGUGACAUCAAAACAAGCAAUGUUGAAGACCAGGCGGCAGCACAACAAGUGAACAUGGAUAAAACCAGUGAGAAACCCUACAUGUGUGGGGAGUGUGGGUACAGGACAGCUAGAAAGUCCCACUUAUCCCAACACAUGAGAACCCAUACCGGAGAAAAACCCUACAAGUGUGACCAGUGUGACUAUUCUGCAGCAGAGAAAUCUGACUUGAACAAACAUGUAGCAACACACUCCGGUAAGAAACCCUACAUGUGUGGGGAGUGUGGGUACAGGGCAAACCAAAAGUCCACCUUAUCCAAACAUAUGAGAACUCAUACAGGAGAAAAGCCCUACAAGUGUGACUAUUGUGACUAUGCUGCAGCACGAAAAGCCCACUUGGACAUUCAUCUAUCAAAACACACCGGUGAGAAACCCUACAUGUGUGGGGAGUGUGGAUACAGGACAGCUCAAAAGUCUUACUUAUACGAACAUCUGCGAACCCAUACAGGAGAAAAACCCUACAAGUGUGACCAGUGUGACUUUUCUACUGCAUACAAAAGUAACUUAGAUCAACAUGUAUUAAACCACACCGGUGAGAAACCCUACAUGUGUGGGGAGUGUGGGUACAGGACAGGUCUAAGGUCCAACUUAUCCAAACAUAAAAAGACUCAUAUAAGAGAAAAACGCUACAGGUGUGAGCAGUGUGGAUACAUGACAGAUAGAAAGGACCAUCUAUACUCACAUAUGAGAACCCAUACAGGAGAAAAACCCUACAAGUGUGACCAGUGUGACUAUUCUGCUGCAAUGAAAUGCACUUUGGACAAACAUCUGGUCAAACAUACUGGUGAGAAACCCUAUAUGUGUGGGGAGUGUGGGUACAGGACAGCUCGCAAGCCUGACUUAUCCAGACACAUGAGAAUUCAUACAGCUUCUUAACUCAGUUUCUAAAAGAGUAGGAAGUAGUACUCUCCAAGCAGAGGUUUGGGUUUUGGGGUAUUUUGGGCGUUUUUAGGCCUUUUUUUA